CUUGAUAAUAUUUCUUGUCCCCAUAAUGAAUGGAAGGGCAUCUUCAAACAACUGCCAACAUGUACUGUCAGAAAUGUCGAACUCAGUUGAAGCUGGAUGGCUCUCUGGAGUCGCUCAAUCCAGCUGCCUUCGAUCUGCUUACCAGCUCUACAGGUAAAACCCUACCGGAGCAAGGCACUGCCUCUUCCUCCAGAAAUUCGUUUCCUCAAGAAAGGCGAGACCUGUACGACCGUGUGUCCAAGAACGUUGCGUCUCCAGUUUAUCGAAGAUCCAUUCCUGCACCGCGCCAAGCUGGCAGUAAUCAGAACAAUCCACCUAGGCUGGGACGAGGGGACAGUGGGAACAUGUCCUUCGUUAUGCUUACGGAAUCUCAAGUCGGACCACCGCAUGCGGCAAUUGGUGUUAAUGGCGACAGUACCCCGAAAGGCAAACGACCCCUCAGUACUCAAAAUGUUGAUCGUGAAAUAGACGACGGAUCAUUUGCGGACCAAGUCGAGCGAACGAGCCGCCUCUUUGAAAUCAUCUCCUCUCGCUCUGACAUUGACCAUCCAAUCUGCACUGAAUGCACGGAAAUGCUUGUGAACGGACUCCAGAAACGACUGGUAGAUGCCACGAAGGAGCGAGAUGCUUAUAUUUCAUUCUUACGGAAUCUCAAUUCAUCUGUACCAACGGCUGAGGAGCUUGAAGCGGCUGAAAAGUCCCUGAAGGAAAUGUUAGAGGCAGAGGAGGCAGCGUUCGCAGAGCUUGUAGCGCUGGAAGAGGAGAAAGCAGCCUUGGAUGAAGAGAUAGCUGACCUUGAAGAGGAGGCUCGUCAAUUAGACCUCGAAGAGGAAAGGUUUUGGCGUGACCGCAACACAUUUUCUCUAACAUUGGCCGAUUUCCAAAAUGAGCGGGAUGCUCUUAACAUGAGAUACGACCAUGACUCGCGGCAGCUUGAAAGGCUUCAAAGGACUAAUGUUUAUAACGAUGCUUUCUGCAUUGGCCAUGAUGGGUACUUUGGAACUAUUAACGGCUUGCGACUUGGGCGCCUUACAAACCCAUCCGUAGACUGGCCGGAGAUUAACGCAGCUUGGGGUCAGACAGCCUUAUUGCUGGCCACCAUUGCGGAUAAAUUGGGCUUUGAAUUUCAAGGGUACCAACUCAGGCCAAUGGGGUCGAUGUCCAGAAUUGAGAAACUAGAAUAUCCACGGGGAUCACCUGCACAGUCCACCAUCGGUGGGGGUAGCGCGACUCCGUCGGCGCCGCCUAAGAUUACCACCCUGGACUUGUUCUCCUCUGGUGACCUGCCACUCAACCUUCCUUGGCUUCAUCGCCGGUUUGAUGCAGGAAUGGUGGCCUUCCUGGAGUGCCUACGUCAGCUUGGGGAUUUUGUGGAGAACACGCCAGCUCCGAUGCCAUCGAAUCGCCGAGGUCAUGCCGGAAUGACCGCCCCGGGCUUGAAGCUUCCAUAUGCUAUCAAACGAGAUAAAAUCGGAGAUGCGAGUAUCAAACUGGGCUUUCACAAUAAUGACGAGACCUGGACUCGUGCUUGCAAAUACACACUGACCUGUUGCAAGUUCUUGUUAGCCCAUGCAAGCAAUGUUGCCAGCGCUGGCUCCAAUAAUUCUGCUAACAUUGCAGCCGCAGUUGGUCCCGCAAACAAAUAAGACUGUAAUAUAGAUGAACCAUAGAAACCACGCAACUAACUUAUCCCUCUCAACCAGCACUAGUGUCAGGCUAUCACUGCGGGCAGAUAAGGGCCCUUAUUCCGGCAACUUAUACAAUGGACAGAUUUGGAUACUGGAGCCCUCCGCCAAUGUUCAUUUCCGAAAGAAGCUCAGUGAUUACUGCUAAGGCAAGGUUACUACCGCGGUCGGCUUUAAUGGCGGGUUAACUGUAUAUUUGUUUUGCGAGACCAUACAGAAUGCUCGACAUUUCAUCACCCUUGCAUCGGACGCAUGCCGCUCUUACGCCGGCGGAUCAUUGGCGGUAUCGUGAAGUAUCUUAGUUAUUAUGCCCAACUAUCUCGUUGGAUCUGAAAUAUGGCCGAGCUAUGACAUCACUUUUACUC